AGUAUAAAUGUAAGGUCUUGAUGUAAAUUUUGUGUCAAAAGAAUAUACCACUAUGACCAUAAUACAACUUGCUCUUGUUUGUUAUCAAUACUUUGGGGAAACAAGGUUAGUGGCACUGGCACAUGAUCCCCUGCACUAGACAGCUUUCUAGUUAGUUCUGCCAUUCAUUUUUUCAAGUUCACCAUAUCUCAACUUACUAUGAUUAUAUCAUACCCCACUUGUAAACAAUUUGAGCAAGUUGUCUUCACUCACGCACACACAUCCAAACCUCUUCAUUAACAACCAUAUAUUAGUAAUCAAAUAAAAAAUGUAUAGUAAUAUAAACCAACGGCACAAAACCUUAAACUGAAAACCGCUAUAAAUGUGUAGCACCUCACUUGCCUAUAAAAGCAUAGAGACGUUGCUUUUAGCAACAUUGAGCAAUAUUCUACAACACCAAAAAUGAUGUCUUUGCUUCCAAGUAAUGGCAAUGAUGCUGAAAGCUUCAACAAAUUUUUUGAGUGUUGGAUGGUUGAGCAAAACAAAUAUCUGAAUGAGCUUGUAGCAGCUAAAUCAGCUCAACCUCAGCUCACAAAUGACAGAAUGCAUACACUGAUUGAUAAGGUUGUUGAGCAUUAUGAGUGUUACUAUAAAACAAAGUCAAGUUUUGCAAAGAAAGAUGUUUUGUCCAUGUUUUCACCACCAUGGUUAAGUACUUUAGAAGAAGCUUUUCUUUGGAUUGGUGGUUGGAGACCAAGUAUGGCAUUUCAUUUACUAUAUUCAAAAUGCAGUAUGCAAUUUCAAGCAAGGUUGAAUGACCUUAUUCAAGGACAAAAGACAUGCGAUUUAGGAGAUCUCACCGCAUCUCAGCUCGCCGAGUUCGAUGAUUUGCAAAAGAAGACUAUUAGAGAAGAGAGGGAAAUCACUGAUAUGCUAGCCGAGCAUCAGGAAACAGUUGCCGAUGCUCCGAUGGUGGAGUUGUCUCAUGUGGUUUCUGAGAUGAUUAGAGGAGGAGAGAAUGAGAAGAAGGAAUUGGAAGAGAGAAUUGAAUCAGUUCUUGAACCUAAGGUGGAAGGUUUGGAAAAGAUUCUUUAUAGAGCUGAUGAUUUAAGGCUGAGAGCUUUGCAGGGCAUUGUCAAUAUUCUGACUCCAAAACAAGCUAUUCACUUCUUGAUUGCAGCUGCUGAGCUGCACUUGAGGCUACAUGAAUGGGGCAAGAAGAAGGAUGAUGCCAAAAAGGGUAAUCAAGGUAUUAGGGAGGGAGAAAUCCAUAAUUCAUGACAUAAGCUAUUAAUUGCAUUGAAUUCUUCAAUCAAAGGGAGUUUGGGUGAGGGUACCUUAUCUAGCACUACCUAGGAUUUUAUGUUUAUGUAAAUUUUCAUUAAGAUGAAGAAAAAUAAGGAAACAUAUAUUCUUCAUUUUGAUGUAGCAUUUGUUUUCUUUUAUUUCAA